GAGCAUUCGAUGCAGUUGCGACGGCUGAGAUGGUCAUUUUUGGAAUAAACAUUACUCGAGUAUAGACAUCUAUUGAAGUCAUCUUUUGACACCCAUCCCCGGUCGUGUCAUUCUAACGUCGGCUUUUCGUUCGAGAGAAAUCAGACUUAUGUCGCAUGACCAUUUCAACGUGCCGUGCUGCUUCUGUUUGCUAUUCGGGAUGCGUUCACAUCUGCACGACCACCAUCAAGCUUCUGACAAGGCAGACAUGAGAACACGCCAACUCAGUCAAGUACUGCUCCUGAACUCCAACUCAGGGCUCUGGAAAUGAAGGUCGGUCUUCUACGAGAUUUACUCGCUCUCGUGUGCUUCAGAAAUGGAGAUGAGAGAACUCCGAUGUAGUUCUGCCUCUUCUGAGUUCCCUCGCUUCUCUCAUUCUGUUGCAUAUGAGAACGAUGGAAAUCAUCCAUCACUUGUCUUGGACACAGGCUUUCAUUUUUUUACUAAGCGAUGCGUCGCUGUUCAUCUCUGACAUCCAUUUUUGACGGUCACCUUGGCCCAAAACGCCUAUUCGCCGGAGGACUUAUAACGUGGGGUGAAAUCGCCUCAUGUUACACCCUCUCUUCCUAUCUUUCCCCGCUCUAUACCCAAGCCUUCAGUCGCUCCUUUCUAUAUACCCAAUUUUGCUCCUUCCCAGAUAUCCUACAUUUGUUCAGAUGUCUUACCCACUUUCAGUCUCCUCCUUCCCAGAUACCAUAUCGACCCAUGAACAACCUCUGAAUGUCGAAGUUCAAAUAGUAGUGACUCCCGCAUCGACGAAGAAGCCAUGUCCCAUCCACGGCGCCAUCAAAAAUCUCUUUACCAAGGAUCACGUCCCACUUGAUGUAAGUCCGGAAUUCCCUCGCAGGAACAGCGAAAGUUCAGUCGAGCCAUGGAAUCCUGUUCCAAGCGAUAAUCCGGCACGACUUUCCCACCAAACCAAUGAUGACCUCUUCACCGUCAUGCCCACGAAUGAUGGAACAAGCUAUCACAACACACAUCAUGGAAGCUGGUCACAGGCCACUUCUCAAGGGCAGUGUUCGCCCUGGACAGAUGUGCUCGUGCACCAUCAGCCUCCCAGAUCUACAAAAGAGAGCAUCGCAAGUCUUGGCUUAUCACAACGCAGCCCCCUCCCUGAUUGCCUCGGCUGCACGGACUUCGAUCCUAUGGUGACAUUGUGCUGCAGGAGAAUCUGGGUCGAGACACCAUCACUUCCCCCACUACCACCAUUGCCUCCCAAAGAAAGUCCGAUGGAAAUCCCUGUUCGUCCAUCCUCUUCGCUCUCUCACACAUCCAACAUCUGCAACGAAAUUGAAAUCGAAAACGAGAUCGAGGAGGACGCUGAUCGUAACAGUGAACCCUCACCACCUCCUUCACCCCUUGUCUUCUCCAAUCGCACAUCUUCUUACAUCGCCGCUGAAGGUGCGAAAGGUCAGACGUCAGUCGAAGUAGUUUCAAACACAAUGCGAUCUACAUCGUCCUCGUUAAGCGCGAAUGGGCAGUUAAAACUGCCUACCUCACCGCCACGACGACGCACUGCACCUCCUACAACGAUGCCGGUGGAGGCGAUGGCUCAUCUUCGAGUGUUCCCUGUUUACCCUUCCAGUAUCUUCGCUUCUAAACCCAAGCCUCAGAAGCUGAAGACCCCAACAACGCCAUCACCAUCAUCACCCAGUGCCUCAAGCUCUUCACCGAAGAGGACAGGUUGGAAGCGAUUCUAUCGUCGACAUAGCGUAUCUGAUAUCGAAAACACGGCAUCUCCUAGCGUCGCUCGGUCUCAGACUCCGGUGGGUCCAGUAGCAUCAUCGGAGACUUUGAGCCCGACGCUUGGUCGCACUUCCUCCAUCUCUCAAUCUGAUUAUUCGGAGCACACGAUCGCGGAACAUCCUGUCGAGCCAGCGCCGCAAAGUCAAUCGCACGGGAAUAUCAAUGAUGUUCCCCAUAUCGUUGCCCGCGCGCACGUCGGGGGCGUAUGGCAAGAGAAGGAAGUUGGUGAGGUCAUUUCGACCUUGAGGACGAUGAAGGUUUCUGGAAGGAUUACGCCAAAGUUCAAAGGUUAAGGCUUUACACAUCUCUAUCCCUUUCUUCGCAUCCUUGUCUGUCCCUUUUUCCGCAUUCACAAUAUGGUAUUCUCUCAUCUAGUGACUGUUGUAUACUUUUUUGAGGACUUUGCUAGCGAGGUCCCGAACUCACCCCAUAUUUUGCUGUAUCACUAACCUAAUUUGCCCACACAUUGUAUGCUGUGUCGUGUAUUUUUCUUCUCGAUCCUCCACCAUAAGGCAAUCCGCCUUCAAUUUACAAUACAUAUGUAUGCUCUGCCACGGCGACCAUUCAAUU